AUGGAAGCAAGAGGAACGUCUCCUCCGCUAUCCGCGACGUCGCUCAACCCCCCUUUCAAGCCCACAACCUAUUUUACAUCGCAAGCGCAACGAGUUCGGCGUCAAUUGAGCGGCCUUCACCGUCGUGGGACAAAGAGGGCGAGGCUGCAGCCAAGCCCCCGCGCAUCCAUGUCGCCAUCCAGCACUCACCCGGACCCCACGGCGGGCGAACCCGGAAGUGCUGGAGCGACGCCUGCUGCACAUGUAGCAUCUGCUGGCGUGCCUACGCGACCGCGACGCACGACGGCGCAAUCGGACAUCCACGAGACCAUAUUGCACCCCGGCAAUGUGCGCAUCAACGUGCAGGGCGCGUUCAUCGUUAGCGACGAGCCCACAACUCCCCGCAGCGAGGAUUACGAGCACGACCCGCGAGAUAUCCGGCUGCCAAACCACACAGCUGUAGUCAGCCAUGUGGCCGUCGAUAUCGGAGGCUCCCUGGCCAAACUCGUUUACUUUUCCCGCGAACCCGAAGAGAGCUCCAUAGGCGGCCGAUUGAACUUCCUCAAGUUCGAGACCGACAGGAUAGACUCGUGCAUCGAGUUUAUGCGCAAGCUGCAGGCUGACCACCGGCGGCAAAAUGGCUCAGCACCGGAGGAGCUGUGCGUCAUGGCGACGGGCGGAGGAGCUUUCAAGUUUUACGACAAGAUAAGGGAAGCAUUGGGAGUAGAAGUCAUACGGGAGGAUGAAAUGGAAUGUCUCAUUAUAGGUCUCGAUUUCUUCAUCACAGAAAUCCCGGACGAGGUAUUUACGUACCGCGAAGAGUCUCCGAUGGAGUUCAUACCGUACCCGCCUCAACCGCCCUCUAUAUACCCCUACCUCCUCGUCAACAUCGGAUCUGGUGUUUCUAUGGUCAAGGUUUCGGGACCGCGGCAAUACGAGCGCAUCGGUGGUACAUCAUUAGGUGGUGGAACACUAUGGGGAUUGCUAUCGCUGCUGACAGGCGCACGCAACUUCGAAGACAUGCUUAAGCUCGCGGAGAAGGGAGACAAUUCCACCGUAGAUCUUCUGGUAGGCGACAUCUACGGUGCCGGAUACAACAAGAUUGGUCUGAAGAGCACACACAUUGCCAGUUCCUUCGGCAAAGUGUACAAGAUGAAGCGCGCUGCUGAGCGCGAAGCGGAGGAUGGUUGCAACGGCGACUCUUCUUCGCAUUACUCGGAACACGACCACGUUGCAGGUUCUUCGGAGCUCCCGCACUCGCCCGCCAAAUUCCGCUCCGAAGAUAUCUCGCGGUCUCUCUUGUAUGCUGUAUCCAACAAUAUAGGACAAAUUGCAUACCUUCACGCUGAAAAGCACAACCUCGAAAAGAUAUAUUUUGGCGGCUCCUUCAUUGGCGGCCACGCGCAGACCAUGCAUACGCUGUCUUACGCCAUACGUUUCUGGUCCAAGGGUAGCAAGCAGGCGUACUUCCUCAGACAUGAGGGCUACUUGGGAAGCGUAGGCGCAUUUUUGAAGAGACAGCCGAGGAACUGGGGAAGGAGAAAGAGCUUUGAGGGGACGAAACGGACGAGCAUGGAAUGA